UAAAUACGCCUUCAUAGUUAAGCCAUUCAUCACCACUCCAUUACUACUAGUCUACUGUUGCAACUCUCAAUACAUUGAAAAAAAAUAUAUAUAGCCCAUUUUAUACUUAAAUUCUUGAUUGUGUUAUCAAUGGCGAUUCCGGUGAUUGAUUUCUCGAAGACGGAAGGAGAGGAGAGGGUCAAGACGCUGGCUGAGAUUGCUCAUUGCUGUCAAGAGUGGGGAUUCUUUCAGUUGGUGAAUCAUGGGAUCUCGGAGGAGCUCCUGGAGAGGGUGAAGAAGGUGGCGUCGGAAUGCUACAAGGUGGAGAGGGAGGCCGGUUUCGAGGAGUCGGAAGUGGUGAAGAAGUUGAAGGAGAAGCAGAGUGAUGAGAGGAUUGAAGAUUUUGAUUGGGAAGAUGUGUUCUUGCUCACUGAUCACAAUGCUCAAGAAUGGCCCUCCAAAACUGCUGGCUUCAAGGAGACCAUGGAGGAGUACAGAAGCGAACUGAAGAAACUGGCGAUGAGAGUGAUGGAAGCAAUGGAUGAGAACUUGGGCCUCCCAAAAGGGUACAUGAAGAGGGCAUUCAACGGCGGAGAAGAAGAAGAAGAAGAAGAAGCCUUUUUCGGGACGAAGGUGAGCCACUACCCACCGUGCCCGGAGCCGGAGAGGGUGGCGGGGCUGCGGGCCCACACGGAUGCGGGUGGGGUGAUACUGCUGUUCCAAGAUGAUGAGGUGGAGUCCCUCCAAAUCUUGAAAGAUGGAGAGUGGGUGGAUGUGCAGCCUCUGAGAAACGCCAUAGUCAUCAACACAGGUGAUCAGGUGGAGGUGCUCAGCAACGGCAGGUAUAAGAGCGUCUGGCACCGCAUUCUCGCCACACCACACGGCAACAGAAGGUCCAUUGCCUCCUUCUACAAUCCCUCCACCACCGCCACCAUUCAGCCGGCCCCUCAGCUGCUCCUCGAGGAGGUCCACCCAGAGUAUCCCAGCUUCGUGUUUGGAGACUACAUGUCUGUUUAUGCUGACCAGAAGUUUCUGCCUAAAGAGCCCAGGUUCCGAGCUGUCAAGGCACUGUAAAUUAGGAUUCCUAUAAUGGGACUCCUACUACAUGUGUAGUAGGUUGUGUGAUUUUAUGCUUCUUGUUUCACCAAAGUAAUGCAGUAGUUCCUCAAAUAAAAUGAUGUAGGGGACUGCUGUCAUAAUUUGUAAGGGAACGAAUAUAAUUGAUCAAAUGUCAAUACAGUUACUUGUUUUAUUCAA